GCUCCAGCUCCUCUACACGUAGAGCCCAACGUGACCACACACAGCCCUGUCUCUCCUUCCUGCUCCUGCCUGCACACACACACAUACACACACACACUGACACACACACACAGACACACAUACAGGGACUCCAGGUGCAGAAGAAGACAUCUACCCCCCUACCUACCUACCUACCUACCCCUCCUGCCCAAACCUUGCUGAUCAGCAGAUCCUUCUUUUUUUGGGGGGGGGAUGGGGGGGAGAAGGCAGCCUUUGGAUUCCGCCACAAAAAAAUGACAAGAAUAUUAAUAUAUGCUGCAAUCCCUCCCUGCCAGGUUUAGCUUGAUUUGCAUUUCCUGCAGCUGGGGCUGGUCCUGUGCUCCUCUCCCAUCCAUUCCUAUGGGGGGCUCCUGGCUGCGAUCUGGACCUGUGUCUUCUCCUAUGGCUUGGAUCGGAUGAGUGCUGGUCAGAGAUCCUUCUUCUUCCUAUACACAAACCUCGGCUGCCUGGCUGGAUCUGGGAUUUUUUUUUUCCUUCUUCUUCUUCUCCUUUUGCUUCUUCUAUUUGCAUUUGCAAUGGCAACUAAUGGCAUGGGGGGAGGAAAAUUCGGAGGGUCUUGGCUGGACAGCGAUCAGUAUGCUCUCUUAAUUGCUCUCCUGGGAACACUGCAAGUUACUUUCUAAACCCCCCCAUUAAAGAAGCUGACCAAGGAUUCAAUUAGCAUCUGAGCAUCCUCAUGUUUGAUUGACCAAGGGAUAUUCCCUGUCGGUCCUGGUAAAGAAGACCCCUCCACCCCCCACCUCCACAACCACCCUACUUCCUAAAAUACCAAGAGAAAGCAGAUCUGUCACCAACAGGACACCUGUGAAUUGCUGGGAUUUAAACGGACACCCUUGGGGUCGUUUCUUCAGUCACUGGCCUUUGGAAACUCUUGUUGUGUCCCCUUGGACUGGAUAUGUCCAUUUUAACGUGAAGAUGGAUUUAACUUUCGUGAUCUUGUGGCUAUUGACAGUUCUCUUGGAAGGAGUCACUAGCCAAGGGGUGUAUGCUCCUCCUACUGUUCGGAUCAUCCAUUCAGGCUUGGCCUGUAAUAUUGAGGAAGAAAGAUAUUCAGAACGUGUCUACACGAUACGAGAAGGUGAAACUCUGGAGUUGACCUGCCUAGUCACUGGACAUCCCCGCCCACAGAUCAGGUGGACCAAAACAGCAGGAAGUGCAUCAGAUCGAUUCCAAGACUCCAGCGUUUUCAAUGAGACCCUUCGGAUUACAAAUAUCCAGAGACACCAGGGAGGCAGAUAUUAUUGCAAAGCAGAAAACGGGCUUGGUUCCCCUGCAAUAAAAUCUAUACGAGUGGAUGUAUACUAUUUGGAUGAUCCCAUUGUGACUGUCCAUCAAAGUAUAGGAGAAGCAAAAGAACAAUUUUAUUAUGAGCGGACAGUUUUCUUACGAUGCAUUGCUAACUCCAAUCCCCCUGUCCGAUACAGCUGGAAACGAGGCGAAGAGAUCUUGCUGCAGGGCUCGGACAAAGGAGUGGAGAUAUAUGAACCUUUCUUCACCCAGGUAGGAAAUAAGGGUGAAACCAAAAUUUUGAAGCUGAAAAAUCUUCGACCUCAGGAUUAUGCCAAUUACACCUGCAUCGCCUCUGUGCGAAACGUCUGCAACAUUCCUGACAAGAUGGUUUCCUUUCGGCUAUCCAAUAGAACAGCAUCGCCGUCUAUCAAACUGAUGGUGGAUGAUCCCAUUGUUGUGAAUCCGGGGGAAGCAAUGACGCUAGUGUGUGUCACAACAGGUGGAGAACCCACGCCAACACUCACUUGGGUUAGAUCUGUUGGGAAUCUCCCAGAAAAGGCAGUACUUAACAGCGGGACGCUCAUUAUACCUUCCAUUACAUCGGAGGAUGCUGGGACCUACAGCUGUGUCGCCAACAACAAUGUCGGCAAUCCAGCAAAAAAGUCCACAAGUAUCAUUGUAAGAGCUUUAAAAAAAGGCCGUUACUGGAUAACCCCAGACCCCUACCACAAAGAUGACAACAUCCAGAUAGGUCGAGAGGUGAAAAUAUCCUGCCAAGUGGAAGCGGUCCCAUCUGAAGAGCUGACGUUCAGUUGGUUUAAAAACGGGCGGCCGCUGAGAAGUUCUGAAAGGAUGGUCAUCACUCAGACGGACCCUGAUGUCUCUCCGGGUACCACUAAUCUGGAUAUCAUUGACUUAAAAUUUACAGACUUUGGGACUUACACAUGUGUGGCAUCACUUAAGGGAGGAGGAGUUCCGGACAUCAGCAAUGAUGUCAACAUAUCAAGCAGUACAGUCCCACCAAACCUCACCGUUCCCAAAGGCAAAUCUCCGAUGGUCGCCAGGGAAGGAGAUACAAUAGAACUGCAGUGUCAAGUCUCUGGAAAGCCAAAGCCAAUUAUCAUGUGGUCUAGAGCUGACAAAGAGGUUCCGAUGCCUGAUGGAUCAAUGCAGAUGGAGAGUUAUGAUGGAAUAUUAAGGAUUGUAAAUGUGUCCAGGGAAAUGACGGGAACAUACAGGUGUCAAACCAGUCAAUACAAUGGAUUUAAUGUCAAGCCAAGAGAAGCCCUGGUUCAGCUGAUCGUGCAAUACCCACCUGCUGUAGAGCCCACCUUUCAGGAAAUAAGGAAAGGCCUUGGGGCCAGCGUCACCAUGAGCUGCAGAGUCUUGCGGGCGUAUCCAAACAAAGUUCUCAUGUAUGAAUGGAGACUGGGGAACAAGCUGCUAGAUAAGGGACAGUUUGACUCUCAAGAUUACACAGAGCUGACCGUCACUAUUCACGCCAAGGAGCAUUACGGCACUUACAACUGUAGUAUAACCAAUGAAGCUGGAUCAGGACGAUGCAGUUUCCUUGUAACAGGAAAGGCCUACCCUCCGGAAUUCUACUAUGACACCUACAAUCCGUUAUGGCAGAGCAAAGCCAGCAUCUACUCAUACAGUUUACAGUGGACACAGAUGAAUCCAGAUGCUGUGGACCGAAUACUGGUUUACCGCUUGGGACUUAAACAGGCCGGGCAACAGCGCUGGUGGGAAACUGAGAUUUCAGUGGAAGGAAAUAUUAAGAGGGGAGAGCUAAUUACAAACAAUCUAACUAAACUUGUGAAGCCAGAACCAUAUGAGAUCCGCCUAACGCCCAUCAACAGAUUUGGAGAGGGAGACUCGGCUAUUAGAAUUAUCAAGUAUAGUGCUCCAAUUAAUCCUCAUUUACGUGAAUUCCAUUGUGGAUUUGAAGAUGGGAACAUCUGCCUAUUUACUCAAGAUGAUGCUGACAUCUUUGACUGGACAAAGCAAAGUGCUAGCACAAGGGACACAAGGUAUACGCCAAACACCGGACCCACCACAGAUGCUGGAGGAUCCAAACAAGGUUUCUAUAUGUAUAUUGAAACAUCACGACCUCGACUGGAUGGAGAGAAGGCUAGACUACUCAGCCCUGUCUUUAACAUAGCGCAGAAGAAUCCCUAUGGGUCCAGCAAUACUGCGUAUUGUUUUAGUUUUUACUAUCAUAUGUAUGGAAGACAUAUAGGGGGUUUGAAUAUAUUCCUUCGAUUAAAAGGGCAAACUAACACUGAAGUCCCUAUCUGGUCGGCCAGCGGGAAUAAAGGGGAACAGUGGCAUCAAGCCCGUCUAACUAUACAUCCGACAACUUCAUUUCAGAUACUAUUUGAGGGCGUUCGAGGUCUUGGUAUAGAAGGAGACAUUGCCAUAGAUGAUGUAUCAAUCGUCGAAGGAGAAUGUACCAGGAUGGAUGAGCCAGCCACUACUCCUCCUUCAGGUGUUAAAGUGUCUGGGACUUUAGUUCAUAUAUGGUUGUAUCCAGUUUUCCUUUUCCUUUCUUUUCUAAGUCAUCAAAGGUGACCACACUCUGGCAGAGGCUACAAAAGAUUCACUAGGCACUGGUUUGAAGAAAGAGUCUUUGAAAAUGGACAUCUAGAAAACAAUCUACCAAAGAUUCCUCCACAAAGGCACUGGGAAUUAACGGAACAUAGAACAUACAUUACUACAAACUACACUUGAGACCUGAAAUAUAAAAGGAGACCUCACAGUGCUUCUGUGGCUUUCACAAAUACAGUAAAAUCUGAAUAUUCUUAAAACAAAAAAGGAAUUAAGAAAUCCUUGUCAAAGCACAACGUCACGGCUGGUUUUCUUUCAAAUGAAAAGAGUUUGCUUGUUACCAUGGACACCUAAAGGCCUGCCAACCUAAACCUCACAGUUAACAGGGUACACCAAGAUCUGGCAUUCAUUUUCAGUUCAAGAAGGUUUUGAGUAAGGAACAAGUCUACGUAAGCCCUCUUGCCUUGGCUGCCACCAUCCAAACCUAAACCUCCGUAGAACACGUACACCAUUUUAUCACAGCUUUGCUACAAAAGGUAUGCUAUAUCUUUUUUGCAUGUAGUCGUCUCCAAAAAAAGAGCAGCUCGGUCUUACAAGCUUUUUUCAGCUUUUGGGAUUUUGCUUGUGGACCACGAGCUUAAGUCACCAAGUCCAUCAGUUGUAACAAUGGAACCAAACCACCACCUUUUAUAAAUCGCCAGGAAACCAAGUGCCUUCAAAUAACAAGCCUGAAAAAGUUAGCUAAACAAGCUUGCACUGCUGUGAGUGGUUUGUGAAAAAAAUAAAAUAAAGAAACAAACUGUUUUAUAAGCAAACUGCAGUCCACCACGAAGAGAUCACAGGCCAGAUCAAAAACGGAGGGAAAAAAAAUUGCUACAGAAGUACAUAAACUUGUGUUGCUGCAUAAGAUCUUAAACGUCAUAUUUUUUUAAGAGUUUGUUUCACCUUUUAAAACAGUCAUGGCCUUCUUGCGCAUUAUCAGUUUGAUAAACAAUGGAAAUCCCACCCCGGAUGAGAAGGAACAACUUUUCAUAUUACUGCUAACUAAAGUAGUUUGAAAAGUUGUCAAUAGACUUUCAAUCUUCAUCUUUUUUUUUUGCUCCUUUUGAAACGGGAAAGUGAUUUUCUUACUCUUAUCUACAUUUGAAAUGAAAUCAGUCUGAUCUUAAGAGGAAAGCAUUUUGAGCAGCAGACUGCAGUGUGUUCAACCCUGACAGAAUCUCUGGGUCUGAAUUAUUGAUCUCAAAAUUUGAGGGUCCGAUGCCUCUGCCCACUAAUCAGACUCUGUGCAGAUUGUGACAUAGUAUUUUAUUAUUUUGGCAAGUUUGGAAAAAAAAGAUAAUACACUUUUACAUAAAACUGUAAAAAAAAAAUGACUGAGCUACCUGAUUAAAUACAUACUUUAACCAGCCACUUUUUCAAUGCAUUGUAUAUGUCCCUUAUAACGUUGGCUAUGAACAUUUGAAGAUAUUUUUGGUUUCUUUAAAUUAUCUUAAAUUUUAACUUCAUUUAAAAAUACUUUUAUCUACACAAAAAUUAUUCUUUUAUGUUCUUUAAAACAUUUUAUGAAAAAUGUUAUGCAAAAAUUGGGCUAUAAAUAAAAAACAUAUUUAACAUUGCUGAAAUUGAUUUAAAACUGAAGCACAAGAUGAUAUCGUAGAUUAUGAUCAGAUUCGAGUAUAUAUAUUUUUUUCUUUAUUUUAUUUUUAUUUUGGAUUCUGUAGAAAUGUUUAUGCUGAUUCAGUUAUUCAACUGAAACAAAAAGAAAACUUUUACAGCUAUGUUCAAUAAAGCCUCUUUCCAGGUAA